UGUUUUAAUAUGUGGUCGGUAGCGCCAUCGCAGUGAAUUUUGAAUUUUUCUUUGGUUAUCAUUCAUAUUUGACAUAACUUGGCCGUAAACUCAUUGGCUCAGUAUAAACGCGUGAUUCAAUACAGAAGACAUAAUGAGUGGGCACAGGAGAAAUUUUAAUCCAAGGUGGAAAAAGUACAAGAAGAAAACAGGUGACAACAACAAUAAGAGAAGCAGUGGCAACAACAAUGAAGGAAGAAGAAAUGCAGGUGAAGAAAAUGAAGAAAACUCCAACGAUGAAGAGUCCUCUCCAAGGGAUCCUACACCUCAAGCAAGCAAUCCUCCAAAAUCGAGAAUAGCCAAACGUGACAUUCCUUACUCAGGCUGGAACUUGUAUUUUGACGAGGAAGAGUAUAAGAAAAACUCCCCUAUACUAGAAAAAAUACAAACUAUGGAAGCAUUUCUACAAGCUAAUCCAGAGAUAAUUGUACAAAAUAUUUCAGGAAAUAUAUUUAACAUCGAUGUAAAUAUACUCUACAACAGUGAAAUAUUUCUAAAGCAAUGGCCUGAUUUUAAAUCAGAUUUAACGAAUAAUCCUCAACAUACUCUGAACUGUUUAGGAUUGGCUGUGCACAAAAUUAGAACAGAUCAGUCUGGACAAAAUAACGAUACCAUUGAUGUUGAGGCUGCUAAUGCUCUUGUCAAAGUCAAAGUUUUAAAUUACGAACCACUGAUAUCCUUGAAAAAUAUAAAAGUUAAUUACUAUGGAAAAUUGAUAACUGUCAGAGGCUGUAUUAUAAGAGUCAACAGGUCUUGCCAUAUGCCCUCAGUAUUAGUAAUUUUAUGUAGUAAAUGCAAGUUACCUUAUCCAGUCAAGCAAAAGAAUGGCAUCUAUGUACCAAAGAAAAAGUGUGAUAUCUGUGGUGGAAUGAAAUUCGAACCAGAUCUGAUGUCACCCUAUGUAGAGACCAUACCUUUACAAGUUGUAAGAAUACAGGAGCAUUUUGGAGAAGAGAACGAUGAUCAAGGAAGAGUACCAAGAGUGAUGGAUGUAGAACUUUUUGAAGAUUUAGUUGACACGUGUAUGCCUGGAGAUGAUGUAACUGUAACAGGAAUCAUUAAGAUGCAAGGUACAGACAAUGGAAAAGUCAAAGUUAAUGCUGUAUCCAAUUGUCUUUACAUGGAAGCAAUUUCAGUUGUCAACAAUAAUACUAAGACCAAAAAUAGCAGUGGGUUUACCAUAGAGUUAAAUACAAAAGACUAUAAAUAUAUUAAGGAUAUUCACAGUAGUCCAGAUAUACUAUCUUUACUAGUUAAUUCUUUGUGUCCUGGUAUUUAUGGACAUGAAAUGAUUAAAAUGGCUCUACUGUUAAGUCUGUUUGGUGGUAGCUCAAAGCAUGCCAAUCUACGUGAUAAUAUUCAUCUGCUGAUUGUAGGUGAUCCAGGAUUGGGUAAAUCUCAGAUGUUACAAGCUUGUGCUCGUGUUGCUCCCAAAGGAAUUUAUGUAUCUGGAAAUUCUAGUACCUCUUCAGGUUUGACAGUUACUCUUGUAAGAGAAAAAGGAGAAAGCGACUUUGCUCUUGAACCUGGUGCUUUGGUUCUAGCUGAUAGGGGCUGUUGCUGCAUUGAUGAAUUCGAUAAAAUGCCAACCCAGCAUCAGUCUCUGUUGGAAGCUAUGGAACAGCAGAGUGUGAGUGUUGCAAAAUCAGGAGUCAUUUGGUCCCUUCCAUCUAGGACAUCAAUUUUGGCUGCUGCAAAUCCUAUUGGUGGAAGGUAUGAUAGAUCAAAGGCUCUUUGCAACAAUCUCAAUAUGAGUCAGCCCCUUCUGUCAAGAUUUGAUUUGAUUUUCCUCUUGCUUGAUCAGCCAGACAAGGAUUUGGAUAAUUUUUUAUCUGAGCAUGUAAUGAUGAUGCACACUGGUCAUGUGCAAACUAAAAGUGAAGAGUAUAUCAGAUAUAAUAGACAAAUAAGACAUCAAGCUGACUCAUUGAAAAAGAGACUUAUUGCAACAUCCAGGAACUCAAUCCAAACAAUGCCUUCCGCAGUUUUAAGAAAAUACAUUUCUUAUGCUCGCCAGUAUGUGAAGCCAAGAUUGUCCAGUGCAUCUGCUACUUUAUUACAAAAGUAUUACUUGGAUAUUAGAAAAAAGAUGAUAAAUGCAGUAAAUCUUGCUCCCUGCAACAGACAACUGGAGGCGCUUAUAAGAUUGACUGAGGCCAGAGCCAAGUUGGAUUUACGUGAAGAGACAACAGAACAAGAUGCACUGGAUGUUGUGGAAUUGCUGCAACAUACAGUGCUUGGUAUGAACAAUGAAAAGAUUGAUUACACUUUCUUACAAACCGGUAAAACCUCCAGAAGUGCCAUAAAAACGUUUUUGCAACUUUUGGUGAAAGAUGCAGAAGUCAAGAAAAAUAAUUUGUAUACUAGGGAUGAACUAAAAAAUCUUGCAGUGAUGGGAAAAAUAGCUAGCAGUGAUGUGCCAAACGCUAUUGAUAAAUUGAAUGAGCAGGGUUUUCUGAUAAAGAAAGCUAAUGAUCUGUACAAAUUUUCUCCUCCAUAAAAUAGACUUCCAUUUAGUUACUUAAGAAAUCAUCUAUUUAUUAUUAAUUCUGUUCUGCUUGUACAUACUACAUUCUCAUUUAAGUUAUGUCUUUUGAGUAUAGUAUAUUUUUUUAAUGUAUUUUCUAACUUUCGUACAAGAAAAAUUAAAAAAAUAUUACCCU